CUGUACGUAGCACAAGUGCAGUGUUUUGUUCGUCUUCUCAUCGUUUUUAAAGGAUAAAAAGGCGCUGGCAGCAGACUAAAACAUGGAGGACGACGCUCCUGUCAUCUACGGUCUGGAAUUUCAGGCACGAGCACUUACUGCCCAGACAGCUGAGACUGAUGCCAUUCGUUUCCUUGUGGGUACACAGUCACUGAAAUUUGACAACCAGAUCCACAUCAUUGACUUUGAUGAUGAGAAUAACAUCAUUAAUAAGAAUGUCCUUCUGCACCAAGCUGGGGAGAUAUGGCACAUUGGCGCCAGUCCUGCAGAUAAGGCUGUGCUUACCACCUGCUAUAACAAAACCAGUGACAGCAGGCUGGUGUCCUGUGCGGCAGUAUGGCGGAUGCCCUCUGACUGGGAGACAGGAAGCCAUGAGUCACCUGACGACUCCGCCCACAACCCUCAGACCCUGGAGCUGCUCUGUCGCCUCGAUGACAGCGCCCACGGCAACGCUGCCUGCGUACUGUGGGAGCCCAUGGGUGAUGGCAAGCGUGUGAUUUCAUUGGCUGAUAACAAUGCACUACUCUGGGACCUGCAGGAGAGCUCCACACAGGCCACGGUCUCCAGCACCGCCACCCUUGAGGGUAAGGGUCAACUGAAGUUCACCUCUGGCAAGUGGAGCCCCCACCACAACUGCAGCCAGCUCGCCACAGCGAAUGACACUUGCAUCCGAGGCUGGGACCUUCGUACUAUGAGUCAGAUCUACUGUAUAGAGAAUGCCCACGGCCAGCUGGUACGUGACCUGGACUUCAAUCCCAACCGCCAGUACUACCUGGCCAGCUGCGGGGACGACUGCAAGGUCAAGUUCUGGGACGUCCGCAACGUCCAGGAGCCUGUAAAAACCCUGGAGGAGCACUCUCACUGGGUGUGGAGCGUCCGCUACAAUCACAGCCAUGACCAGCUGGUGUUGACAGCCAGCAGUGACAGCCGCCUCAUCCUCUCCAACAUGGUGUCUAUCUCCUCCGAGCCAUUUGGACACCUGGUGGACGAUGAGGAGCUCAGCGAGGGGGAGGAGAACCACCAGGAGGACAAGGGUAAGGAGCCCCUGAAAGACAGCGUGGUGUCCACUUACGAGGAACACGAGGACAGCGUGUAUGCAGCGGAGUGGUCAUCGGCCGACCCCUGGCUCUUUGCCUCGCUCAGCUACGACGGACGCCUCGUCAUCAACAGGGUCCCCCGCGCCCUCAAAUACCGCAUCCUGCUCUGAGAGGGAGGGUCAGGUGACCUCGGUUUCAAGCUGCAUGUGAAGGCAGCAGCGCGACUGGGUGUGUGUGUGUGUGUGUGUGGGUGUGUGUGUGUGUGUGUGUGGGUGUGGGUGUGUGUGAGUGUAUGGUAUAAUUAUACUGUUGUUUAUGUUCUAAUGACUGUUGUAAAGAUAAUCUAUGUUGCUUAACAGCAUUAAAGUAAAAACACAACUUCUGGAUAAACA